GUGGAAUCGUCGAUAGUUGUUGGUAGUAGCAGCAGCAAAUGUUAGUUGAUAGAUAGAUAUGCAGUGGUUGGUCAUACAAUAACAAUAACAUUAGCGUCGACGUGUUUUUGCGUCUUCCCGAUUAGCAACAAUAAAACUCUCUCUACUGCACAUAAAAUUAGAACGAUUCUUCUUAGUUCCACUACGACGUCGUUUUAUAUUGAUGGGUCUUUUCAGAAAGGUUUUCGGAUUCCUAGGGUUUUCUAAAGAUGAUGACAACCACGAUCACGAUUCCAAUGAUAACAAUAACUCCGACGAUCGACACGCCGCCUCCGGUGCCGGUGGUCAACAUCGUCCAACGAAUUUUCGCGUCAAAGAAACCGGUCAACCUCGUAGAGGCUUUAGCGUUAAGGCUCAGGUUGUGAACGAUCGUCCUCAACAACAACAACUUGGUCCCGUUCUCGCUCCUUCUACCUCCUCUGAUGGCGGUGUUCAGGGUCUGGGGUGGUAUGCAAAGCGUCUUAGGAUAGAUGAAGAUGGAGAUGUAGCAAAUAAAUUCUUUGUUGAUGUUUCUUCAGAGACGCCUGCAAGGUUUACACUGAAUAAUGACACUAGGCCAGUCAAAGUGAAGAAACAGGUCCUAUCAUCAGAAGGGAAAGUUCUGCAGUGUGUGGAACACCGGGGAAGGUUGCAGGUUGUAUAAGUAAUCCUUUAGAAAUUGUUCUGGCUAUUCAUUAGUUGAACUUUUAUUGUUGUGCAUAUGGUUGGAACAUGUAGUCGAACGCUACUUCAUCACUGAGCCUUACUUUAUGGUUCCUUUUCCCCCUUUGUUUACGUCUUUCACUAGCUAUGAGUGUGUCUGGAAAUUGCUGCAUUUUGGUGAAAGUAUGUUGGAGUUAAAUAUACUACAAUUUAAGGAAAACAUACUCGACAAAUGAGAUAAGAAAUCUCAUCUUUAAGCUACAUUACGGAAUGUGUUAAAUUUUUAGGUCUAGUGGUUGAUAUUUUUUUGGGUACUGACAUUGAAUGAUAUAACAAAAGAGUGUAUUUGGGUGA